UUUAAGGUGCACUACACUACUGUUCAUAUCACACAAUGUAGAUCUGUCAACAAAAAUGUAUAACACGCGUAGUUUUAAGAUAUAAACUUAAAAGUUAAAAAACCAUAUAAGUAUACAUCAUAUGUUAAUUAUACAAGUUUGUGGAUAUUAAAACAGAACUGUUUUCAUCUUGCCGAAAAAAUGUAUUUUAGUUAUUGUGUUGGUGUUUUUAUAAUAUUCACGUUUUGUUGGACCUCAGUGUCUUCACAAAUCGAAGGAUGUCAGCAGCCAAUGGAGGUAGGAAAGCCCCAGACUUUUCGUUACGUCAUAGAAAACACGAACAUCAGCUACCUCACCUGGACCGUAGGUUCACAAACUGUAAAAACAGAUUUAAACUGCUCUGUUUCACAGAUGGUGUGUACCUCGGUCAAUCCUAACCUAUACGCUAACAUGUCGUUACUAAACGGCCGUCUGAACGUAACGUUAACGAUAGCAAAAGUUGGGACUGAAAUGACAAACGUAUCACUAAGGUUGGAUAACUCCACCGUUAUCCAGAACUGCGCUUUACAGAUUUUUGCCGGCCCCGAGAACGUGACGUGCUACCCGCCUGUAUUGAGAUCUACUUUGUCUGGAGUCGACAUUCAAUGUACAGCCACCAGAGGUUACCCGAGCAGCUCUAUUGCGCGGCUCUACACACAGGCAAAUAACAACCGAUCAGUGGUAUCAAUGGCCUGUACCAGUACACCCAUCACCGCCGGAUACUACAACAGCUCCUGCACUGUCUUCGUGUCUGCUGAUCUACUCAACAGGGGAAACAACACGUUUUUUAUGUUCAUCUACCCGAACAUCACUAACGGUUCAACUUUCGCUGUCAACAGCUCUUUAACAUAUAUCGAAUUAUACCAAGCGAAUGUAACCGUUCUAGUAAACUCAGGAGUAAAAACUGAGUUCGGUCUCAACUUGAAUGUGUCUACUCUACUCACCUGCACGACCACACCCAUACCGGCAGUAAGACUGACCUUAACAAGAAGGAGCAGUGGGGAGGUGGUCGGGUCGAUAGAGAACUCCAAGCUGCUCACAUACAACUUGAUAUUUUCUAGCUGUUACGACACUGAUGAGUACAUCUGUCAAGUUGACAAUGGGAUGGCAAGUGUACCAAAUACGUCUAGUGUCGUGGGCAUUUAUGGAACCACUUGCGGGUUCCAGCUUCAGACUCCUCAGACUAGUCAGCAGAAGAUCAACGUCAAGCCCGGAAGUGACGUCUUUGUUUCCAUCCCGUUUUUCUCUCGAAACACGUCCACGUCACCAAUCCUGAGACGGACGGUGGACGGAGACCUGUACUCAGUGCCCUCAGCCUUCUACAGUACCCAGUACACCUUGAGCAGCCGGUACUACGGCAGACUGAACCUUGCCCUGUAUCAGGUGCGGGAUGAUGAGCUGGCAGAUUACAUCGUCAGCAUCAGUGAGGCUUAUGUGUACAGCUUUACUUUACUCAAACUGGGUGUUUCAGAACCGUCCACAAUCAACUACCAGCACGUUGCCAUAGGUGUAGGUGUCGCUGCAAUAGCGGUCGUCUGCUUGACCAUUGUGGUCGCCGUCGUCUGCCACUACAGGAAUCAGAGACCAACACGUGACAAGGCGGAGCUCACACAGCUGGCCGUGCAUGAGAAGGGAUUAUCACGUGACCAGGAGAACCUAGAACCGGCAGUUAGAAGAAUUCACACUAAACAAGUAGCUGGAAGUCGAGACACUAAUGACCCUGGUUCUACCCCACCCACGGGGGUAGACGAUCGGUCAAGCCAUCCGUAUUCGCCCGACCCCACAGCCGCUCGUGUUAGCCAGACAGAGGGGGGUCAGGAACUUUACGGGAACCUGUCCACAUAUGGGAACAUUACAGAUAGCUCCAUCUAUGGGAAUGUGUCAUCGUUAGAUGACCAAUCACAGCCCAUAUACGGCAAUAUGUGAUGGUAGCUUUUGUCUUCCGUGGGUUUCCUUUGUAUUUUUAACUGUCCUUUUAGUUGUAUUUUUUACUGUGGUUUUAGUUGUGUUUUGUGCAAUGAUUUUCCAGUGUUCGUGUUCUGUGGUUGUCCUUUCGGUUUUUGUAGUAAUAUUUGAAUUAGUAACAAAAUAAUUCAGAAAAUGUGCAAAACGAUUAUAAUUGUGACUCUUCAUACACUAUGUAUGUUUAGAUUUUGUAAAUAUGUGUCUGAAUGAAUGUAUGUGUGUAUGAUACAACUGCUGCUAUUAAUGUGAUUGAUGAAACCAAUAAUUCUCACUUUGUUAUUCAAGCGACCAUUAUUUAGCUUAUAAGUUAUUUUUUCGAAUCUAUUCUUUUCGGAAUUUUUUAAAAUAACAAUACGUACAUGAUGUUUUAGUAAAACUUUCUGGACUUAAAGCACGUUUUUUCCAGAUUAUUCUCCUUUUUAUGAAGAUUUUAUACUACGUUUGUUGGGGUAUGGGAUUAUGUGCUGUCGAACAAAUAGUGUAAAAGGGAAAAAAAAGAAGAAAUGUUUUUGACGACGAAAUUGUGUGCACGUCUGAAGGAUUUUUCGUAAGGUCCGUGUUGCUGUGAGUAUUCUAAAUAUUAAGUCUUGUCUAGGUUGUUACUGUGAGUUCGAUAGAUAUUAGGAUUGUUAGAACAGAGAAAUAUAUCAGCACUACAUCAUUAAAACCAUAGAUCUCUUUAUUGUUUCAAUCCACCGUUGGUGAUUUUGGUAGAGUUGAUUGAUGGCGUUGACGUUCGAACAACAACAUUUUUUUUUACUUUCACAGCGCCAACGAUACAUCAAAAUGUCUAGCCAUAACAUCUCCCUCAUCUAUUUAUAGAUCU